AACGUGUCAUUGUGAAGGAUAUUUCUUCAGUAUACACACACGUUGGUCGCAGUUUUAUUAAGAUUGGCAUACGUAUUUAUCCAUCUCCGCCCUUUUCCAUUUCUGAUUUUGUGAAAUAAAGGAGACGUCGAAAGACAUCCCAUUCGCCCGAAUUAAUUACGCGUUUUACUUUAAUACUUAAUUUCCCCGUUGGUGUUGAAAAUGAAAGUCAGUUACAUUUUCUCACUCUUUUUCUUCCUGAUCGUUUAUAAAAAUACGACCACCAAUGUUGUGCAAUGUGGCAACUACAGUGAUUUAGCGGCAACGAGCGCCUUAACAACCAUAGUCAAGGACCCAAUUAGUUUAACCAUCAAAGAUUUGUAUGAACAUGGUGUGAAGGACCCAGUCACAAAACUUAUUCAUAAAAUCAAGAAAGUAGUGCGCUAUAGAAAAGUUUUGAGAUGGUCCAGAAUAUGGUGGGUACUACUCGUUAGAGAAAUUGUCGGAGAUAAUGCCAUUGAAAGGAAAACUGAAAAGGCCUUACGAGAAAUCUGGGACCAGUGUACCAUUGCCGUGUACAACAACACCCUUUAUGCCAUCGAGUCCAAGCCAUUGCUAUUCUUGCAUGGUAUUUUGAACGAGUGCAAAAACAACUUCUCCACAAAAUUGAGACAAGACCCAGGUUUGAUUGUAGCCAAAAUAGACCAAAUAUUAAAGUCCCAAAUAUAUCGUUUCUGGGUAUCAGAGCCAUAUUUGAAAAUCGGAAAGUCGGGCAUCUUCUACACCAGAAUCAACUCCAAAAAUGUGCCUCCUCUACCCAAGGAAUGCACUUUGAAACACUUGUCAUCAUACAUGGAGGAAAAAUUAAAGUCUAUGGAGUCUAAGAAGAAUAUUGAAUCGGGCAAAUAUGAAUUUGACGUGGAAUCGACGAAAAAUUCAACCGAUGAUAGCCAGGCGGAUGAGGAAGAUGAAGAUGAAACUGAAGAGGACGUCUUUGAGGAUGAAUCCUUUGAACAGAAAAAGGACGAAGAGAAGAAAGAUAAAUAA